CAAAUGGUUCGGAUCAUUUACAAUCACCAACUAGUCAACAACAGGAUACCACAAAUAAUUCAAUGUUACGAUCAUUCAUGGUCAUUGAUUCAGAUGAUGAUGACGAUGAUGAUGAUGAUGAUGUAAAUCUUAUUGAAGAAGAAGAAAUACUUGAUGAUGAAGAGGAUGAUGAUGAUGCAGAAGAAGAAUUAGAUAUUGAAGAAUAUAUGGCUUUAUCAGAAAUAUUUGAAAAAGAAAAUCCGGAAAAAUUUAUAAAAGAAAUUGAUAAUAAAAAUGAUUUAAUUUUGGAUGUAAACAGUAAAGAAAUCAUUUGCUAUGAAUGUACAGUUGGUAAUCAAUGUGGAUUUCUAUCACGUGAUCGUACACGAAUGGUAUUACAUAUUGGCAAACAUUAUCAACAAGAUGCUGAAGCUGAAGAAGCAAUGGAAGAAGCGAUGGAAGAUGAUGAUGAUGAUGAUGAUGACGAUGAAGAUGUUAAUAAUAGACAAAUGUCAUUAAAUAAUUCUAUACGACGUAAUCAUAAUCGUAAUAAUGUUGUUAGACGAAAAAAUUUAAUCGAUAUAUCAAUCAUUCCUGUCAAUUCAGCCGAUCCAAUUACUACGACCACUCCGAAUUCAACAUCAUCGAAUUCUGAUUCAUCUAUGACAUUGUUACCAUUAAAUAGUUGUAAAGAUCAAGAACAACAAGCAUCGAAAUUAUCAUCUUCAACAUCGAAAUAUGUUAAUAAUCAACAACAACAACAACGAUUAACAAUAAAUCAACCUUCCUCACAACUAUCAUCAAAUCGAACGGCACUACAAUCAACGGCAACCAUAUUAAUACCGAUCGCUACAACUUCAACAAUUAAUAACCGAACAUUUUCGAUAACACCAAGUAAACAAUUAUCAUCAUCAUUACCUACAAUAACAACGGCAAUCAAUACUAAUCAACAAUCUUCAUCGAUUAAUCAUUCAAGCCAAAAACCGAUAAAAUGUGAAUGGGAAAAUUGUACGUUUAUGUGCGAUCAGAAUUAUAAACUACGAACACAUAUACGUCAAGUACAUGAAAAAGUACGGCCAUAUCUUUGUGAUUGGCCUGGCUGUUUUGGUGCAUAUAAAACAAGAUCAAAUUUAGCAAGCCAUCGUAUGGUUCAUACCGGUGAACGACCAUUCAUUUGUGAUUUUCCUAAAUGUGGUGCAAAAUUUGCCCGAAAAUAUGAUUGUGAACGACAUCGCCGAAUACAUUCGGAAAAAAUGUAUCCAUGUGAAUGGCCAGGUUGUGGUAAACGAUUAUGCGAUCCAUAUAAUCUUGAACGACAUAUGAUGGUACAUAAAGGUGAACUACCGUAUCGUUGUCCAAUGUCGAAUUGUGUUCGAGGUUUUCGUGAACUACGUUAUCUUCGUGAUCAUAUGGUUAAUUGUCAUAAAUUUCUGCCGGAUACUAAUCAAUUGCGAAUGGCUUGUGCAACAUCAUCGUCAUCAUCAUCAUCAUCAUCAUCAUUAACAUCAUCACAAUCUUCAUCACGUUUAAUGAACAUUAUUGGUUAUAAUCUUAAUGAAAGUAGUGCCGGUAGUGCAGGAUCGAUAUCCACACCAACAUUUACUGCUGGUAUCAUAAAUGAUAAUAGUAAUUCAACGGGUAGUACAACAACAGCUACAAUUGAUAGUCCAGAUACUAAUAAUGUUGUGGUUGCAACAUCAUUUGUAACGGCAAUUGUUGCAAACAAUAAUAAUAAUGGUAAUAAUAUUGUUGUAACUACACCUUCAUCAUCAUCAUCGUCAUCAUCAAUAAACACUACCAUGUCAAUCAAUAAAUCAAACGAAAUAAAAGAAUCGAUAAAAUUGGAUGAACAACAAUCAGUGAAUAGUGGCAAUAUGAAUUUAGAUUCAAAAAAAUCUAACGCUAAUGAUGAUCAACAAACAAAAGAAACAAAUUCACAACAAACAUCGCGAACAAUAUCGACAAGAUCAUCAAGUAAAUUGAAUGAUGUUUCAUCAAAUUCGAAUACAAAUGAUCAUCAUAAAACUGAUGAUGAUGAUGGUGGUGGUGAUGAACAAAGCGAUGAUAAAACUGACAAUGACGAUGAUGAUGAUGAAGAAAAAGAAAAAGUGGAUACCAAAGUAAAUACAAUCAAAACGGAAGAGCCAGAAUCACCGAAACACCAACUUGAACAACGUCAACGAACACCACCACCAACACCACCAACAACAAGACAAAAAGCAGCAGCUGCUGCUGCUUCUUCUUCAGCUGCUGUAUCAUCAUUAACAUCGAAUAAACGUUCAUCAAAACGUAAUCGAAAUUAAUAUGAAAAUAUUAUAAACUUAUAUCUUUCAAACAAAAAAAAAACAAUUCUAGUCAGUUCACAAACAAAAAUUAAAUAACCCAAAUGUCAACUACAAGUUUUGACUAUAUAAA